AUGAUCCUCUUCCUUCUCUUUUUCUUCAUAGUACAACUACUUCAAUAUUCAUCAGCAAAACCGACGCUAAAUGAGUUGAAAGGAAAAAAUGAGUUCGGCGAAUGGAAAAGCUGGAAAAAAUGUCCCACGUUUAUGUAUGCCUAUGCUGUUAGAUAUGAAAUGGAUCAAGAACAGAAAGGAAGAGUGAAGUCUAUUGCAUUCUUAUGCAAACCUCUCAGUUGGAAAACUCACACUUUACCAAAUGAGCUCGCUAGAGGAGAUCCCAUUCGGGGGAAUUGGAAAGGCAUUACGUUUUGUACGGAAGGCCAUUUUCUGACUGGUCUCUCUUUUCGUUCGGAUCCAGAAAAAAGUGGAAAUAAUAGCGAAGCAAUUGACACUAUUGACACUCUCAAGAUAUCCUGUGGAAUUUCCAACGACCAAAAGAACAGAACGGACUCAACGGAGGACGAUUAUCUUGGAUUGGACCAUUGGAACAAGGGUAACUUCUGUCUCGCAGGGCAUGCAAUUUGUGGGAUCAGGCUCCGAAGGGAUGAAGUUAGUGCUAAAGAGACGGUCAUCAACAUUGUGAAGGUUCUUUGUUGCCGGUUGCCACGGGUCAAUCUGUUUUGCGUUCCCGAGAAUACUUUCGAAAGACUCGCAGAAUAUGAUAAUCGAGAAGGGACGGAUACAAUUCCUAUUCAAUACGAGAAACAAACACGUUUCAUCAAAACUACCGGAUCUAAUUCAACUGUUGCUCUGGAGGAAAAAGAGGCAAUUCAGAACAGGUUACCAUAUGGAGUAGAAGUGAUUGUCGAAAAACCUGGAAAUGCAUCAACUGUAUCCGUGACAAACCAUGGAUAUCAAAUGAUUUCGAACAUUGAAGUUCAAAUAAUGGUGGGCAACGUAAUAUCAAAAGAAGAAACUACGACGGAGACCUAUAAUGUGCCCGCCAAAAAAGGAAUCAUCAUUGAACAAUUGUUCAUAAAAUGUGAUAAUAUAUUGGUGGGACUUCCAAGAAUUGUCAUAAGAAGCAUGGAAAACGUGAAAGCCGAGACUAUUGCUUCUUAA